CAGGAACCCAGCCCUGGUUGGUUGGGGUUUGCCUGUUUUCAUUGGGGUUUUGAACCCAGGGACAAGCCCAGUUACAGCUUCCCAUUACAUGAGGGAAAGCAGGCAGGCCCAUGCCUCCUGUCCCUGCCCUCUGACGCCUGACGCCGGCUCCUCGCCCACUCCCUGGCCAACCAGGCAAAUAUCAGGCCUUUAAAACCUGAACGAGUUCCUCCGCAUUCACUCCCCGGGAGCUGUCCCUGUCUCUGCUCCGGCGUUUGCGCAACGUGCGUGCAUGAAACGCGGAGCCAACACCUCUGUGUUAUAUAGGUGCCCCGGUCCCUUUCUCAGCUGGUGCUCGGUGCUGGGGCCGGAGCACGGCCAGCCCUGCUUCUGGGGACGGUGGUGGAGUGCAUGGAGGGGCCCCUGCCCUGGUGCCCUGCAACAGCUGAGGAGCACCUGUGGCCAACAGAGCAGGGAUGUCCGAGACCUCAUCCACCAAGGAGGGUCCCCCGGCCGAGUGCCCCGUGUGCUACGAGAAGUUUCACCCGCUGGAGGCCAUGCACCGUAAGCUCAGCUGUGGGCACACCUUCUGCCACGACUGCCUGGUGAAGUGCCUGCUCUCUGCCAAGCUCGAUGGCCAGGUCCAGAGCAGCAUCAUCUGCCCCGUCUGCCGCUACGUGACUUUCCUCAGCAAGAAGAAGGCCCUAUGGCCACCCAAGGCGGGCACCAACCCCCGGACUCUGGAGAUGCCUCUAUCACCUUCCUCCUUGUCCCAUCUGACCAAAAUGGAGGCCAGCAACACCUUGGUGGUGCCCAGCCAUUUUGUGAUGCCGGUACAGAGCUUUGACCGGUGCUGCAGCGCAGGGAGCAGCCCCGUGGACUCGCAGGGGGUCCCAGGAGAGCUGGCACGGGAAGCCCACAUCUUUGUCAUCAGCGACCACGGGACGCCACUGGUGGAUGCGGACUGCAGCUCCCUGGGGAGGAGAAGCAGAGCAGAAACGCGGAGCUCGGUGUCCUCCAGCUCGGCCCUAGGGGUGAAAUGCUGCCAGUCACCCAUCGCCCUCGCUGUCCUCCUCAUCCUGACUGUGGCCUUGCUGGCGGCUGUACUGCCCUGGCUGCUGCUGGUGAAAAAGGACUCAUAGCAGAUGGGGAUCAGCCUGGAUACUAGAGGGGUGUCAGUGAUGCUGGGACAGAGAUAAGGCUGGAACCUCUCUCGGAAGACCCUGGAGAAAGCCCAGAAGCAGAUUCAACUGAAUCUCUCUCAUCUGGCUGGGGACUGAAUGGACUUUCAGACCUUUCUGCAGAUCUCUGGGCACUCACAGUGUCACUGCUGGCAUUUUCUGCCUCGUUUGGUUAAAAUAUGUCAGGUCAAACACUGCUAGUGGAUUCCUCCAUUGUCUUAGUGGAGAGGAUGAUUGCUCUUCCCGCACCCUGUGAGAGCAUGCACAGGGGGUGAGGGGGCCGUGCUGGUCCCCUCACAGCUCCUGGGGGGCUGUGACCAUGGCACGCAGGUACCCAGAGCCCAGGGACAGCCCAAGGCUCUGUGCAUCGGAGGAUCAGGGCUGUCAGGUUGUGGGGCUUUUGGAGGUUCUCAGGAUCCCCAGGCUGUUGGGGUCAUUGGGGUAUGUGAUACAGCCACCCUGGAGCAGAAACUCAUGGCUUUCCAUCCCAAAGAUUUAAAGAUAGAUCAGAGCCUCUAGCUACCAGACAACAAGGGCAGUAAAAGCAGAGAAUGUUGUGAGCAAUCCUGGCCCCUGUGAGCUUAUCUUCCCCUCCACCAGCCAACGCUCCCUGUGGAGCCAUGGGGUGGGAAGGGACACCAGCUCAUCCCCCAGGUUGUCCCAGCCUUGCCCUCCCUCACCUCCCUCUCUCAGCUCCCCAGGUUUGCGGCCAUCCUCCUGGUGUCACAGACAUCCCUCCUGCGCUGGAGAUUCAGGGACAGGCAACAGGGUGUGGGGCAGAGUGCUAAUCCAAAGACCUGGACUGUAUAAGGGGGCAGAUUUGGGAUCCCACCCUGCUCUCCUCGCUAGAGCCCUGUGCCUUGGCAGAGUGAUGUUUCCUUGUCCCUACAUCGAGCUCCUGAGGGUUACCACCCGGCUCACUUACACCCCAGCUUUACCCUCUUUGGGACUGGUCCCACCCAGGCCAGUCUCAGCCCUCGUCCCAGGGACCCUGGUUUGGGAGGACACUGGACAUCUGAGCUGCACAGUUGAGAUUUGGGACCCUCUGCGCCUGCUCUCAGAGGAGGGGGGAAGUUGGGGCUUCUGGUGACCCCCAUUAUGGAGCUACUUGCUGGUGCUAGGGCCCCUCAUCAUGUUUUUCCCCAGCUGUGCACCCCAACACAGCGUCUGCACCCUCGUUGGCCACCUUUGUCCUCCUGACCCAGUCUCUGGCCCUGUGGGUGCUGCUCUGGGCCCCGCCAUUCCGGAAUGUGCCCUGAGGGCCACAGCGCUUCCACGGGUGCUGCAACGUGUCUGGGAGAGGGAGCAGGAUGUUCUUCAUCAUCGCCUGUCCUCGUCAUCGCCUGUCGGGGGUGACAGCGGGGUGGAGGGCUGGCACGUGGUUCCCAUACUCCCAAAGAGAGGUUCCCACUGCUUGGCUGAGCAUCAGGUAGGAAAAACACAGCCAGCAGUGCCACCGAGGCACCUCUGGGAUCAGCCAGAACAUUUCAGGGGAACAAAUAAGAACCACGUGGGGCUGGAAAGGGGUGAGCAGUUUCGGGCAGAGGAGAUGAUGGCAUCGCACCCUUGCCUCUGGGGUUACAGCCGGGGCAUGGUGCCCUGGAUGGGCUGAUGACUGCCCAGCUUCUCCCUGUGAUGUUGACACUGCAGUCCCCCACCCCAUGCCUCAGUUUCCCCACCCACACCUGGAGUGCAAUGGCACUGACCCCUAUAUGAAGCACUGGGAGAUUGCCUGGGGAAUAGUGCUUGAGACACCACACUGGAAUGGAAAUCUUAUUUCACAAGAAAUUAUUACCUGAUAA